UAAAGUGGUUUGUCCAAACGCAGCGGCGUCUUCCUAUGGAGCAGCAGGAUUGACUACCGCGUCCACAAACUUUAAGACUAGUGUGGUUUAUAAAAUAGGAUACAUAUUAGAAUGUAAAACUGAGUUUUAGGAAGAAUUUUGGAAAGUUUGUCAGAAAUACUUGUGGGUUAAAACCCAUCCGGAGAGUAAUGCGGCGUCUUCACUGGCUUCUCUCUCACUGUCUCACUGACCGGACUGUACAAGCUGAAGCUAAACAAGAACCAAGAACUUUUACUUUUACAAAAUAAGUUUGUUCACCUAGUUAGAUAUUUUAGUAAAAACAUAGUAACGUCAAGCUGGAAUAUAAAGGGAAUGUCCAACCAAGGGGCGAGGAAAAAUGGUCCAGUCAAACUGCGCCUGACAGUUCUCUGUGCAAAGAACUUGGCAAAGAAGGACUUCUUUAGACUGCCAGACCCAUUUGCUAAAGUGGUGGUAGAUGGUUCGGGUCAGUGCCACUCGACAGACACAGUCAGGAACACCUUGGACCCGAAGUGGAAUCAGCACUAUGACCUGUAUAUUGGUAAGCUGGACUCAAUCACGAUCAGUGUGUGGAACCAUAAGAAGAUCCAUAAGAAACAGGGAGCUGGAUUUCUGGGCUGUGUGCGUCUGCUGUCCAAUGUCAUCAAUCGCCUCAAAGACACAGGCUAUCAAAAGCUGGACCUGAACAAGCUCGGUCCCAACAAUAAUGACACCAUCAGAGGACAGAUAGUAGUGAGCUUGCAGUCCACAGACAGAAUAGGAACUGGAGGCGCCUUGGUGGACUGCAGCCGCCUGUUCGAUAACGACUUACCUGAUGGCUGGGAGGAGAGGAGAACAGCAACUGGCAGGAUUCAGUACCUUAAUCACAUCACACGGACCACACAGUGGGAGAAACCAACCAGGCCUGCCUCGGAAUACACGAGUCCUGGUCGUCCUCUCAGCUGUCUGUUGGAUGAGAAUUUGCCCAUUCUAAACCAUAACAGAGCAUCCAUCGUCACACACGCUGAAACACGAGCUCAGGAGAGACGAGUCCGAUCCCAGAGACACAGAAACUACAUGAGCAGAACACAUCUACACACGCCUGCAGAUCUGCCAGAAGGAUAUGAACAGAGAACUACGCAGCAGGGUCAGGUGUACUUUCUCCAUACACAGACUGGUGUCAGCACGUGGCACGACCCGCGCGUACCCAGGGAUCUCAGUAAUGUGAACUGUGAGGAGCUCGGGCCCCUUCCUCCAGGUUGGGAGAUCAGAAACACAGCCACUGGUCGUGUCUACUUUGUGGACCACAACAACCGAACCACACAAUUCACUGACCCUCGACUCUCAGCCAACCUUCACCUAGUGCUCAAUCCAAAUGAUUCUUGUUGUCCAGAGAACCCAAACCUCAGCCGUCCCUCGCAGCUGAAGGAGCAGCCGGCGCUGUGUAAUCUUCCUGAGGAGGCAGAAUGUCUGACUGUUCCUAAGUAUAAACGCGAUCUGGUGCACAAACUGAAGGUGUUGAGACAGGAACUUUCACAGCAGCAACCACAGGCUGGACACUGUCGGAUCGAGCUCUGCAGGGACGAGAUUUUUGAGGAAUCAUAUCGGCAGGUAAUGAAGAUGAGGCAGAAGGACUUGUGGAAGAGGCUAAUGGUAAAGUUUAAAGGAGAGGAAGGACUUGAUUAUGGAGGUGUUGCCAGAGAAUGGCUCUAUCUGUUAUCCCAUGAGAUGUUGAACCCAUACUAUGGCUUGUUCCAGUAUUCACGAGAUGACAUCUACACACUCCAGAUCAACCCUGAUUCUGCAGUCAACCCAGAACAUCUGUCCUAUUUCCACUUUGUGGGUCGAAUCAUGGGCAUGGCUGUGUUCCAUGGCCAUUACAUCGAUGGAGGUUUCACUCUGCCCUUCUACAAACAGUUACUGGGUAAAUCCAUCACACUUGACGACAUGGAAGCUGUAGAUCCAGACCUGCACAACAGCCUCGUCUGGAUACUAGAAAAUGACACCACUGGGGUGUUGGACCACACAUUCUGUGUGGAGCACAAUGCUUACGGACAAAUUAUCCAGCAUGAACUUAAACCCAAUGGCAAGAACAUCCCUGUCACUGAGGACACCAAGAAGGAAUAUGUAAGGUUGUACGUGAACUGGCGUUUUCUACACGGAAUUGAAGCUCAGUUUCUGGCUUUACAGAAAGGCUUUAAUGAGGUUAUACCACAGCAUCUGCUUAAAGCCUUUGAUGAAAAAGAACUAGAGCUGAUCAUAUGUGGACUGGGGAGGAUUGAUAUCCAUGACUGGAGGGCUAACACUCGGCUGAAGCACUGCACGGCCGACAGCAGCGUGGUCAAAUGGUUCUGGAAAGCAGUGGAGUCAUUCGAUGAAGAACGGAGAGCCAGACUGCUGCAGUUUGUCACUGGAUCCUCUAGAGUUCCUUUGCAGGGCUUUAAAGCUUUACAGGGUGCUGCAGGGCCCAGACAGUUCACCAUCCAGCAGAUUGAUGCCAGCACAAACAACCUACCGAAAGCCCACACAUGCUUCAAUCGGAUCGACGUUCCCCCUUAUGAGAGCUACGACAAACUGUAUGACAAGCUGCUGACUGCCAUUGAGGAAACCUGCGGCUUUGCUGUUGAGUAAUGGAAACGACCGAAAAUAACAGAAGUAUUAAACGUUCCUUUUUAUGCCA